AUGUGGAAUAAGUUAAUUCGAAGAGACGCUGUUCAGUCAGAGCGUUCAGACACUGACUUUGGUGACAAAGCUUCCUCAGCAGCAACUGAGCCGGCCGCAAGUGCAGGCGAGCGCUUGACACGGAGCCCAGCGGCAACGUCGGACGAGAGCAGCGUUACCACCGAACCAACGGCACGGAACUUGAGUGAUGCAACGAAAGCCAGAGAAUCACCGGGAUUGCCGCUCAACAAUUCGGUAACCGCCCAGGUGGACGCUUCGAACGCAACGGUCAGCGGUGCCGGCGGGGCUGCGCAGCACCCCGGUGGGGUUACUGGUGUGGUCGCGACGUCUGUCAUGUGUGCAUACGCGUUCUCGGUGCUAGAACGGGAACUGCGCGCUCGAGGUCGUCUAUCAACCGAUGACGACCCGUUCCGUGAAGCGCUGCCACCAGACAGCGACGCUUACGGACUCUUCAUCACAUGGAAGAUACUCGCGGACAGAGGGCAUCUGCGGACGACCACCGACUCGGUGUGGCAACUUCGCGGUUGCAUCGGUACACUGACACCGACCGGCCUCCACGAUGCAUUGCGUUCAUACGCAGUCACCGCGGCCUUGCAUGAUCGUCGCUUCGCCCCGAUCCGUAUCGAGGAACUUCCCCGGCUGCUAUGCGUUGUUAGUCUUCUGAGCGACUUUACGGAGCGCGACUCGGUUUGGGACUGGGAACCUGGCGUCCAUGGAUUGAUUGUUGAAGUGGAACCGCAGUCUCAGCAGCGGCGAUUUGCGUGGAGAAGGUUCACAAGGCCACGGACCUCGCGGUACAGCGCAACGUAUCUACCCGAGGUUCCGCUAGAACUGAAAUGGAGCAAAUACGAGACCAUUUGUUCUCUUAUCAGAAAAUCUGGUUACUUAGGUGACGUUCCGGCGACGGAAACCGACUCCUGGUGGUCGGAAUGCGUCUUCCUGACCACAUACCGAAGCACCAAGGCGGAACUGCGAUACGAUGAGUACCGCGCGAUGCUGAUUCACAGAUUAAACUGA